UUCGGUGAUCAGUACAGAGGAUGUGGGCAUUACGUCCGAAUCUAUCAGACUGGAAUUACAUACGAUUGUGCCCGGCCGAAUUGCAAACUAAGUGCAGCACAUAUGCACAAAACUGCCAAGAACUGCGGCUGCAACACGGAAUUUUCUGAUCACCGCAGAGUUCGCAACCUAUUCCAAACAAAAUGCGAAGCUUGUCUGGAGUACGAG